AUGUUGCUCCUCAGCAUCACAUACACAACUGCAAUCGUCGCGCUGUUCCUAUACUUCGAGAUCGUAUCGGACGUCGACCUUGACAACAUCACUGCCGAGGAUAACUUCGUCGUGGGUCGCAAGCUCGGGAUUCUCAACAUCCUCGCAGAGACGUCCAUGCAGACGACUCUUUGGGGCAACAAAUGCUGCAUUCUGUUAUUAUACCACCGCUUGACCCUGCAGUUGUCAUUGAACCUCUCCACGGAUCUCAUCCUUCUGAUCAUUCCCGUCGUCUUGAUCAGCAGGUUGAACAUGAAGAUUGGGAAAAAGAUACUGCUCGUCUGCCUAUUCAGCCUGGGCAUCUUCGUCAUGCUCGCUGCGAUCCUAACGAAAGUAAGCGUCUUCACAAACCAGACCGCCCCUAUCUGGUUCCUCUGGUGCGUCCGCGAGGUCUCCACAGCCAUGCUCGUGGGCAACCUGCCGCUGUGCAUGCCCACCUUCCGCAUGUGGUGGCGCUUUUUCUUCCCCGGCAGCGGCGCCAGCGCAACGCCGGGACCGCACGAGUCGGCCAGCGGCGCGAGCGCCGUGACAAAGAGAUCAGUGGCGACGACGGCCGCCUUCAGCGAGGCUACUGGCGGCGGCGGAGAAUCAUCCACGUGGGGCUCCUCGCCGGCGAGGAGUAGGAUGAACGAUGAUAUUGAGAUGUAUGGCACGUCUAAGGGCGGGGCGAGGGGUGAGGGUCGGAGGUUAUCUGUUGACGAGGAAAGUGCCUGA